CGCUUCGCUUCGCUUCCCUUCCCUUCUUCCCUUGCGAAUCCUCUGACCACCGCAGAGCCACCCCCGGAGGAAACGAACCGUAGCGCAGCCGCCGAUCACCAUGGCGUCCCCGGCACGGCCCGCCGCCGCAUCCGUCUCCGCCGCCUUCGGCCUCUCGCCCGACCCCAAACGCUGCUCCUUCGACCAGGCGCUCCGGCACAAGGAGAACAGACUGUUGAUGUCAUUUGUUAAUUACCACGAUCAAGAAAAGGUCUCUAAAGAAAUCGUAACAGACGCUAUAGAAAGCUGCAUGAAGAAACAGGCAGAUAACUUGUUGAAUUCGCUGGAAGUUAUCAGUGGUAGGCUGUCGCAAUUGGAGCUGUAUUGCUAUAAGCUGGAAAGGUCCAUUGGAGAAUUACGAAGUGACGUGAUGGAUUAUCAUAACGAAGCAAAUCUCAACUUCCAGUGCCUUGAUAAGCAAUUGAAAGAGGUUCAGAAAUCUGUGCAGGUCGUUCAGGAAAGGCAGGAGCUUGCUGAAACUCAGAAAGAAAUGACCAAACUUCAGAUAGUACAUGAGGAUUCCGCACAAAAGAGUGAACGUAGUGCUCCAUCAGUUUUCAUAAAUAGGGAAAAUGAGAUUGCCCUUGUGCCAUUGCACCAAGUAAAUUCUGUCCAGUCUCCUGCUGUGCAAUUCCAAAGUUGCAGUGGCCUUAUUCUACAGCAACUGGUGCCAGUCCAAGACCAGCAGCGCUCAAACCAAACUGCCAUGUACUGCAUGCGAGGCCAAAGUCAUCUGGAGCACAGACAGGCCCAAAUGUUCCAAGCUGCUGCUCAACCUGUGCAGACACACACUACUAGGAAAACUCAGGCACAUACAGUACUUGAGGUACCUCAGGUAACCACCAGACAGACACCAGAGUUCUACGCUCAACCGCAGCAUCAAUGGCAACAUCAAACAGGUCAGCAGCUUCAGUCCCAGGUAAGGCAACCACAACCACAGGUGGUUCAACAACAGCAGCAGUACAACAAUAUCCAGCAAGGUCCAGCACAGAUGGUCCAGCCGCAAACAUCCUCUCCACAUGCUCAUAGCACGCCACAGAUCACACUAGUAUAUCCUCCAUACGGAGCUCAUCAGUCUGCAUGUGGUAACGCUGAGGCACGCACUGGGAGCAUUGUCGUGCCACCUUCGCACUCUACAAUUUCCUCAUCCCAGCGGAAGCAUCAUGAAGCUGCUCCUAUUUAUGUACAAAGCAACACAGUUUCUGUUCCAUUGACGGAGCAGCACCAGCAACUUCAUUCACUUGGCAAUGGCUCAUUUGUACCUCAGCCAAGUAAAGUUAGUCCAUGCGGUGUAGCAUCAUAUACGGUACAAGGGAAUGCACAGGCCUACAGCCCUGCUUACGGAAGCCCUUCCAGCAAUCCUGCUACUAUUGUUGCUGUCCUUAAUCAACAAGCACAUUGCAGUGCUCCCAUGGUGCUUCAUCACCUGGGACCAUCUCAGUCAGUGCAGAACCAUCCGAUAGGCAUUGCUGAUAAGGUUGCUCGAAUGGGUUACCCAAAGGAUCAAGUAGUUGAUGGCCUUGCGCUCCGUAUGGUGGAUGCAGGCCAGCCUGCAGAAUGUAACACCCUGCACGAUAGGUUGAGCUCUGUCACCCAUGCGGUGGCUCCUCAGGCAUGGUCUGGAUAGUUAAGAAUGAAUUAGUCAUGAGAUGCUCGUGUGAUAAUGUACCUCAUUAUCGUUGGAAAUCUUCAGGUAUUUCCUCUGGCGUCUUCUUAUCUGCCAGGACUACAUAUCCACCAGCUUAUUUUUUGCAGCUGGAUGGUCAAGAUGAAAUAAGACUGAUUAGAUUAGUUGAAAUGAUGCUGGCAUAUGUCCUGCCUUUUAAUGGACAUAUGUGAUUGUAACCUGUUUGUGACUUGCACACGCAUGCUUGCAAUAUAAAAAGAUACGAUGAUUUGUUGGUUGCUGCUA